GCAGCUGUCGUCACAUGGGGCGGGUAUUUAAAUGGCGCUCAUCAGCGCUAUCCUAAGUCAUUGCUGCCCGGGCUGGGAAGUGUAAAGAUGGAGGCGGCUAUGAGGCACCGCACCCUGUACAAGGGAACGACUCCUCCAUGGAAGGAAACGUACAGGAAGAGAUGCGUGGAGAGGCUGAAGGGUAACCGCUCCCGGCUGCUGGAUAAGUUCCGCCAGGUUGGAGAGCGGCUCGGUGCGGGGGUUGGAGGCUCGUUCCUGGUGCAGGAGGUCAUGGAGGAGGAAUGGAAGGCCAUGCAGAUGCACAGCAGCAGUCUGCCAUCACUGUGGAGAAAGGAUUCCUUGUCUCAGACUUUUGGCUUGUUACAGGACCCUGAUGAGCUAGUUACUCUAGAGGAAAUCAAACAAGAGCUGCUCCUAGAAGAGCGAGCAAUGGUGGAAGAAAUUGAAAGCGUCAUUCAGUUUGAAAAUGACUGUCUAGAUUCUGUAGUUGGAUUGCAUAGUGGAAAUAAAGUUGUGUGCCCUGUCUGUCACAGGAAUAAUCUAACUGUAACAAGUUGCUUUGUCAUGUGUCAGUGUGGAGUAUACGUCAACUGUAAAUCUCAGGGCAUGAACACUGAGAAGUUACAAGCAUUGUUGGAAGGAAAUCUGUCUGCCCAUGGCGGCUGCUGCAGUGAGCAACCAGUGUUUUCAGUCGGCUUUGGUGCAGAAGGAAUGUCCAGUUUGUUCAUGAGUUGCUGUGUAUGUGAUGCCAUGGCAAUAAUAAUUUGAAAUGGUCUUGUGUGCUGUUCAUGUUUCUCUUUUUUUUUUGUAUAAACUUGUAUAUUUUAUAUUUAUUAAUAAACUUUAACUUUGUCAUUUUAUUGUAACUAAUGCAU